AGUAUUUAUAAUACCUCAAAGAUGGGUGAUGGCAAUCAUGGGGUUCUUAGCGGUCGCCAACGCGUACACGAUGCGUGUUUGUUUAAACAUAGCUAUCACGCAAAUGGUCCACCGGCCCUCACAUUCUGCAGGCAAUGAUGGGUCAUGUCCCGCUGGUGACCUCGGAGACGUUCACAUGGAAGGCACUGACCCUACAGAAUUGACGGGUUUCGACUGGGACGAAGCGACACAAGGUAUGAUCCUAAGUGCUUUCUACUACGGGUACAUAGUCACCCACUUGCCUGGAGGUAUGCUGGCUGAACGGUUCGGAGGAAAAUACUCUCUUGGUUUCGGAGUACUGAGUACCGCAGUCUUCACUCUGCUGACACCGUGGACUGUCAACGUUGGCGGAGCUACUGGACUCAUCAUUUUGAGGGUGCUCGAAGGUCUUGGAGAGGGUUUCACCUUCCCUGCACUAAACGCAAUGCUUGCCCGAUGGGCGCCCAUAUCAGAGAGAGGACGAAUGGGAUCCCUUGUCUUUGGAGGUGCACAGAUUGGCAACAUCGCCGGUACCUACUUGUCAGGACUGGUCAUCAAGGAGACUGGUGAAUGGCAGUCUGUCUUCUACCUCUUUGGUGCCAUCGGUAUUCUUUGGUUCAUUCUCUGGGCGAUCCUCUGCUACAAUGACCCUGAGUCGCAUCCAUUCAUCUCGGACAAAGAGAAGAAGUAUCUUGAAGAGGCGCUAGGCAGUCACCGCAGCAGUCUUCCGUCAGCAAUCCCCUGGAAAGCCAUCUUCAUGUCGGUUCCACUAUGGGCCCUGGUUUGCGCUCAGAUCGGUCACGACUACGGGUACUUCACGAUGGUGACCGACCUUCCUAAGUACAUGACAGGAGUCCUCAAGUUCGACAUCCAUAGGACAGGCACGCUUGCAGCCCUGCCUUACGCAGUCAUGUGGCUGAGUUCCAUCGCAUUCGGAUGGAUUUGCGACAAGAUUGUCAAGAGAAACUGGCUGACUGUCACCAACGCUAGGAAGACUUUCACCACCAUCGCAUCUGUCGGGCCUGGUAUCUGCAUGAUCCUCGCGUCGUACUCCGGCUGCAACACUGAGGCUGUGGUCAUUCUGUUCACCGCCUCCAUGGGUCUGAUGGGAGCAUUCUACCCUGGCAUGAAAGUGAACGCACUUGACCUAAGUGGCAAAUACGCUGGCACUAUAAUGGCGAUCGUGAAUGGCAUAGGAGCUAUUACUGGCAUCAUCGCUCCAUACCUAGUCGGCUUACUGACUCCUGAUAGUACGCUGGUACAAUGGAGGUUGGUGUUCUGGAUAGCUCUAGCCGUGUUCAUCCUCACGAACUUGGUGUUCGUAGCGUGGGCCUCAGGUGACGAGCAAUGGUGGAACACCACCACGCAAGACCCAAGGAAGCAGCGCGAGGCGGAGGCAGGAACCAACCACUCCGUCAAUGCCGAGGUCAAGUUGUAG